AUGCUGGCUAUUAAUACUGCUCUGAGCUUAAUUUUGGGGGUUGGACUGCUGUACAUUGCAAGAUCCUAUCUACCCUCGAGUAAAGAUUCGAAGGAUGAGGCGGCGACGGCUGACAAUGAUCAUCCCGUGCUCAAGAACCAUUCAAGCGUCCAGUCAUACCAAACUAAGCACGCCGAAUACCCAUCGAUAAGAACCUUUUACCAUCCUCAUGCUCAUGCCAAAAAGCUCCAAGCUAUCGCAGAUCUACCUUUACUGGUCUUCAUCCACGGGUUAGGUGGCUCCUUACCUCAAUUUGCGCCGUUGCUUGGGAGCCUUGUCAAUAUAGCCCCCUGCUUCGGCAUUGACCUACCUGGUCAUGGCAUGUCCGCCUUCGCCCCUAUGGAUUAUGAGGCCUACACUAUUACAGCAUUUUGCGAGCUGUGGCAGAGAGCCAUUCAAGAUAUUUGCGAACAGCAUGGGCAUAAGAAAGUGGUUUUCAUUUGCCACAGUAUGGGUUGUUCGAUUGCCGCAAUAUUAGCGACGUCACCGUCAUUUCCGUUUCGGAUAGAAGGAUUAGUUGGUAUUUGUCCGAGAGCGACGCCGCCUUCCCCUUCAGAGACGACUUCGGCGAGGCGAUUCUUAUCGCUCCCAGAUACAGUGCUCGAUAUGUUAAGAUCUCUGGACCGGAGAGGGGGAGUCAACUCCAAAAGUGUUGAAAGGAUGGCCGGAAAGGCCGCCGGAAUAGACCUCCGACGCCUUCAGUUGGCAUUUAACAAAAGUUUCAAGACACCGGUGUGGAAGCGCUCCGCACUGGGCUGCUUGCCGCGGUACGACCCUUCAGGAAGAGCGAUAGGUGGUCUACCCGGAAGAGACACAUGGGCAAAAAUCCGAGUACCUCUCUUCCUCAUCGCUGGCGAGGCAGACGCUGUCACAAAGCCAGCAGAAGUUACAAAAAUUGUGUCCUUCCUGAAGAAGCUCGCGGUUGGGGAGGAAAUCAACGGAGACCCUGGGAGCAAACCCCUUCCUGCUGUCGCCACUGCCCCGGAACAGGCAGCAGAGGACACUGCAGCUGUUGCCAAAACCGAACCAACAGCGGAUGAACGUCAGUUCGGUACCCUUCCCUCAACAAGCGAGAUGUCAAGCCAAAACUCGGCGAUUGUUAAAAUAGCCAUCCUCCCUUCUCCGGCGGCCCAUGCUUUAAUGUACGACCACUCCACCUACCGCACCGUGGCUGGUUUAAUCGAAGACUUCCUAGCACGCUACGUCUCGCCCGAACUCUCCCUUGGCUGGCAACUCCAACAACUUACCACCUCGGGCAAAUGGGACGUGAAAAACCUGGAGAAAUGGAAAAGAGUCAUGCCCGUAUCCGGUCCCAUUGGACACCCUCCAGAAUCAGGAAUAUUUCGGGCCAUGAAGACUCUGAGGGAGCAGGACGACACCCACACGCCUUCUGUGUUCGUUAAGAAUUGGAGCGACAAGAUCUUCGCUAUCAUCGACAUCUCCCACGACUCUCCCGUGUACGACACCAAAUCCCUCGAGCGCGGCGGCAUCCAGUACCACAAAUUCCCCACCGUCAGCAAAGUACCGCCCACGGUCGUCGAGGUCGCAGACUUCAUCGCCCUGGUCGACCGCCUGCGCCUCGAGGACCCUCACACCAUCCAAGGGAAAACCAUUGGCGUACAUUGCCACUACGGCUACAACCGCACGGGCUUCUUCAUCUGCUGCUAUUUGAUCGAGAAACUGGGAUACAGGCCACAGGACGCGGUAGAGGAGUUUGCGGCGGAGAAACCCCCCGGCAUCAAACAUGAGCACUUUAUCGACACGUUGUUUAUGCGCUAUCAUGUGGGAUUGAAGAAAGCGCCCACUUUCGUGGGUUCCAGACAGGGUUCGAUAUCCGGGGUGGAGUCGGUGCAAUCUAGUAUAGACUCAUAG